AGACACACCCUCACCUGGACCACAGGGUACAGGUGAAAAAGACAAUCUCCGCCAGUUUCAAGGGAUAACCCAGAUGUGUGGGAAGCAUCUCCAGCCGGUUUCUUAUUCCUGCUGGGAUUUUUUUUUUCGAGAUGGGAGGGAGGAUCCCGGUCUGCGCGGCUCACUGAGUGAAAACAACCCACAGUAUCAACAAGUAGAGGACACAAAGUCCUUCUGAGGGACUUUUAUAUUCAUAUCCGUUAACCUCUGCGAACAAACGGGAUAAGUUCACCGUAACGGAGACACGGCACUUCUCUGUAAUGGAGCGGUACGAUAACUUUGAUUUGGAUCUGGAGUGUGAUGGAGGAGCUGUCUCUCAAAAAACCCCAUUAUUCGGUGGGAUAUUCAAAAAAUCCUCCAAGUCUACAGAACCAUCUGCACAGGACAAUUUAUCAGUCAACGGUGAGCUGUCAAAGAGCAAUGACAGUCUGUCUGACAACACCAAGAAGAAGGGAUUUUUUAAAGGAAUGCUUAAAAAGACAACCAAAUCUGCCAAAGAGGAUCAGCCACAGGCCACCUUGUCAUUACAAACCCCUGAACUGUCUGCCAGCAAUGACAGUUUAGACAGCAAGUCAAAGGAUAAAUCAGGUGUGCUGGGUGGAUUAUGGAAAAUAUCUCACAAACUGAGACAUGUACAGAGGCCUUCGCAGGAUCUGUUGGAUAUCUCAGAGAGUAAUGACAGUCUGUCUGAGGACGCCAAUGCAAAGGAGGAUUUGUCCGCACCCAGUAAGAUCUCAGGCAGCAACGACAACCUGUCUGUAAACGGCAACACUAAGGAGACCAGUGGGAUGUUCAGCGGUAUGUUUAAAAAAUCCCCAAAGCCUUAUGGAGCGAGAGGACAAUCUCAGGAGGAUUUGUCUGCACCGAAUGAUCUCUCUGGCAGCAAUGACAAUCUCUCUGAGAACCACGCAAAAGAGAAAGGAGGAAUCUUCACUGGCAUGUUCAGAAAAAAAGGUGCCAAAUCUCAGUCUCAGGAUGAUUUGUCUGUUGAUGAUGAACCCCUUGCUGGUAAUGACAGUGCUGUGGAGAAGUCUUCAAAAGGUGGCGUUGCAAAGAUCUUGAGGAAUCCCUUCACCUCCUCGUCGCAGGAUAAGGAAAAGACUGACCCCUCGGGAGACUCACAGGAGACUGUUUCUACCACAGAGAAGCCCAAAACCAAGCAGGAGAAGAGCUCCAACGGUGAUGAUGAGGAGACAAGCGACCACGGAGAUAACGAAUCCACUCACAAACAGAAUAAACUGGCUGGGGCAAUGACAAAGCUGAAUCCGUUUCGAUUUGCAAACAAGAAUGAAAAGGAGGCGGGCUUAGAUGAAGAAGAUCCAACUGUCAGCAACGAGAAGUCAUCAGACCAGAAGCAGGUCAAAAGUAACAUGAACCAGUACGAAAGAAGGGAAAGGAGUGCAGCUAUCCUGGUCCCAUCCAGACCAACUCAGGAGGAGAAGGAAACGUUCUCACAUGACAAAGUAAAACCAAGAAGAACUGAGGAUAAUAAUGAAGGCAAAGACAUGACCUCCAGAGAGAAGAAAGAAAAACCUGCUAAGCCUCCUGCAGUUCCUGCUCGACCAUCAGAAGAGGAGCUGAACAGAAUAAUUAGACACAGUCGACAAAAGCUGAAGAACCAACAGAGCCCAUCAGGUGAAGAGGGCAUAAAAGAAGAUGAAUCUGCUGUAGCCAAAGACGGCGAUGAUGAGAAGAACUCUCCAGAGGGUAAAACUGCUAAAGUGGAAAAACACAAGCGUCACAAUCCAUUUAUGGCCCAUUUACGUUCUGCAGACAAGGAUGGAUCUGAUGAUGAAGCGCUCAAAGUUGAUGACGAGUCUGCACCCAAAGACGAAACGAAUGAAGAGGAGGGCAAGGAAAAAACCGAGACUAAAGACAAGAAAACAAAGAGAAACAACCCAUUCAUGCAUUGGGCCAAGGCUGCAUCUGAUGAUGAAGGACUUAAAGAAGAUGAAGAGGAAAAUAAUGAAGUGGAGGACAUGGAAAGAACAGAGAACAAAGUCAAGAAACCGAAGAAACACAACCCAUUCAUGUCUCGGAUCAAGGCUGCAUCUGAUGAUGAAGGGCUGAAUGAAGAUGAGGAAUCUGCAUCUGAAGAGGAAAAGAAUGAAGACGUGAACAAGGAAAAAACAGAGAUCAAAGUCAAGAUAAAAAAGAAGCACAACCCGUUCAUGCCUGGUGUAAAGGCUAAAGUUGUACAGAGACGUGCACAAGAAGCAGCCAAAGCAGAGAAUGAAGGUGAAAACAGGUCUGUGUUCGACCAGCUAGAGGACUACCGUAUUGGCCCUGCCUCAGCAGAAGAUAGUAAUGAUGUGGAUCUUAUGGAAUGGUGGGAAAAUGUGGAACAAUGGAAAGACACACCUCAACAUGAAGACAUGACUGAAAAAGAAGAGGCCAAGGCAUUUGCUUUGACCGCUGACAAGCUGCAGAAGGGCAUCAGAGUCUUCAACAAACUGUUCACUGAGCGGGCAGAGAGCCUCUGGCAGCAUGUCAUCGACCUCAACGCCAUCGCCGAUGGGCUCGACAAGUUCAGCAAGAACACGAAGAUCGCUCAAAUCACAGGCGGCUCCACCAGCGCCAUUGGGGGCGUCACCACUGUUACUGGCCUUGCACUGGCUCCAGUCACCAUGGGAACUUCCUUGAUUGUGACUGCAGUGGGACUGGGCAUUGCCGCGGCAGGCGGUCUGACAUCAGCAGGUGCCGGCAUCUCCAACCAGGUCAACAACACCAUGGACCGCAAGAAGGUGGAGAAGAUCGUGCAGGACUACCAGGAGAAGAUGGAAGACCUGAACAAGUGCCUGACGUUCAUCAAACAGGGUAUUGAGAACCUGCGCAGAUUUGACCUGAUCAAGAUGAAGAAUAGUGCAUACAAUCAGGACUUCCCUGCACUUACUAGCAGAUUCUAUGAAGAUGGCGCCAUGGCAGGAAAGGCGAUCCUCAUCAAUGCCAAUGAAAUCAUGCGUUUUGUCCAGAUCGCCCAUGUAGCAGGUAGCACCGCAGCCAGAGCGGUCCAGAUUGCUAGUAUGGCAACUGGUGUGCUCACCGGACUGUUUGUAGUUAUGGAUAUCUACUUUGUGUCCAAAGACUCCAAAGAACUCAAGAAAGGGGCAAAAUCAGAGUUUGCUGCCAAAAUCAGGGAGGUGGCGCAACAGCUGCACGACGGUCUGGUGGAGCUGAACUCAAUACACCAAGAGCUGCAGUUCAACUCGCCAGAAAAAGACUCUGAGAAAGCCACAGAAGAUCUGGACAGUGAAAAGAAAGAUGAUGACAGCUCAGAUGAAGAUGAAAUCGACCGCAUUAAAAAAGCCAUCAAAAAGGAGCUUGAGAACCGAGAAUAUGUUUGACACAUAACUAGGAAAUACUUUCAGCUUUGCUUCCUUAGACAGCUUAUUAGUCACAAGCAAAUGUUUUGUAUUUUACUGUCUAUGAAGUAUUUGGUGCCAGAUUUUUAAAGUUAAACUGCAAUCAGGUGUAUUUUAAUUGUCCAAAAGGAGCCCUUAAAGGUUAAAAUAUUAAGUUAAAUAUCUAAACCAGGGGUCAGCAACCUUUAACACCCAGAGAGCCGUUUGGACCCAGUUUCCACGGAAAAGAAAACACUGGGAACCGCAAAUACUUUUUGACAUCUAAAAUAAAGAUAACACUGUUAUUGUUUUUUACCUUUAUGCUUCGUAUAAACAACUAAAGUGUGUUGCUUAUGAAAUCCAUGAAGU